AUGCUGAGGACCAAGGCGAAUCGCAGCGCCCAUCGCAGGUCACUGGGCGUCGCCUUGAUCGCGGCCGCCUUGCUGCUCCUCGUCCUCGCCACCCAUGCAGGAUGGAUACGCCACACGGUCCACGACGGCAGUCAGUCCAUCAGCCAGCAGCUCCAUGAUGUACACCUUGAGCAGCAAGAUAGCUUCAACAGCGCAUCAUCCAACUACAACUACAGCCACUGGUCUGAGCCUCGGCGAGCAGCGUGGUCGCUUUCUCCUUUCGCCUGGUCGCCAUUGCACACGCAGCUGCGAUCGCCGAAGGCCACGACGGCCGCGGCGCUCCUGGGCCAGAGCCAGUUCGUCAAGAGAGCCGAAGCUGCCUCGAGCGACACGCAGCGCACCUCGCUCGACGGUCACGGCAUCUUUGCCAUCAUCGUCUUUGCUGCCGUGUCGCUGGUCGUCAUCCGCCCGCUCAGGCUUCGCCUUCCGCAGCGGAUGGCAAUCGCGAUACGGACGUCGCGCCGGCGGAUCUGGAUCACGCUCGCCGGCGAUGACGAAAGCGUCGCUGCUGUGCACCAGUCAGACUCGACCAGCAUUGCGGGCGACGAUCACGACCGAGACGACGACCUGCGACGCCCGAUGUACCUCACCAUCGACCACGUCUCUGCGCCCCUGAUUGGCGUCCUGCUGCUCCUCGCCACCACGACCAUCGGCGGCGCGCAGAUCCGCACGGGCAUCGUGGGCGAGGAUGGCGUGGAGCCGUACGACGUGCUGCUCUUGUUCAUCUCCCUCGCCUACAUUGCCAUCUCGCUCGACGCGACGGGCCUGCUGCGCUACCUGGCGUUCCUCAUCUGCCUCAAGUCCGGCAAGCGGGGCCAGGAGGGGAGCGGCAGGAAGCUCUACCUGCUCCUCUACUUUUUCUUCUGGUCGGCCGGAGUCCUCGUCGGCAACGACCCCGUCAUCCUCAGCGGCACCGCCUUCCUCGUCUACCUGACACGCGUCGCAGGCAUCUCGCCGCCCGACGCAUGGAUCUGGGCCGAGUUUGUCGCGGCCAACAUCUCGAGCGCCGUGCUGGUCAGCUCCAACCCGACCAACCUCGUCAUCGCCACCGGCUUCGGCGUCGAGUUCAUCACCUACACCGCCUAUAUGGUGCUGCCCGCGUUUGCUAGCGCCGUGGCCGCACUGGCCUGCCUGCUCGUCUUCUUCCGCAAUCGCAAGGUGGACAAGGUCGCACCCGGCAGGGUCGAUUCCGCUCAGCGCAGGGGCAGGAGAGCGUCGGAAGGAACCAGCGGCGUCGCAAAGACCGGCAACGGUAUGCGGCAACGCGCUGCUCCGAGCAGCCAGGCCGAGUCGAAUUCCGGCGACGCGCAGCUACCCGCGGGCGAGGCUACUGAUGGCGCCAGCCAGGUAACAGCUCAGACAUCCCUCGACGAGCACGAGGACCACCAAGAGCGGAAAAGGGCGCCGCUGAUCUACAUCCCUCACCGCAUCAUCCAGCCGGACGUCGACGCCCGCUCGGCGCUGGUGGAUCUGCCAGGCGCCAUCUUCGGCAGCAUCGCCAUGGCCGCCACCCUGGCCACGCUGGUGGGCACCUCGGUCGUCGGCGGCGUCAAGGUGUUUGAGAUUGCGGUGCCCGGUGCCGUGCUCUGCCUCGCGAGGGACGGGGUGGCCGACUACCUCCGCUCCAGGAAGGAGAAUAAGCGGCAGGAAAAGGAGAGCCAAGAGGCCGGUGCGAGAGCUGAGGAUCGCGAGACGGCGGCCGCAGCGUCGGCGACGGCGGACGGCACUUCCGCCGACGUCGCUCGUGCGGUGUCGAGCGAGGGACAGGAUGGGAUCGGGCUGGCGCCCCUCGGCGUGUCCAAGACGGCGGCGGACCCGGUGACCGCCCAAGUCACCGCCGCCACUGCAGCUGCUGCUGUCGGCCCUUCCAGCGAGACGUCGCCGGAAGCAGCUACGCCCACGUCAUCGACGCGACCGCUCACACCGGCCAAGCCUCGAGCGCAUCGGCCGCUCCGACCGCUGCUACUCCUGCCGGGCCGACUGGCACAGACGUUCCCGACCGUCUCGAUCGUGCUCUCGCGCCUCCCGCUGCCGCUGCUGCCCUUCGCGUUCGGGAUGUUCAUCCUGGUCCAGGCGCUGGCGCAUGUCGGCUUCAUCAACAUCCUCGCCGGUGGGCUGGGCACCGUGUGCGCGCACGGCUACGUCGCGACGGCCUUUUUCAUCUCGUCGCUCGGCGUCGUCCUUUGCAACAUCGGGGGCACCAACAUUGGCGCCACGAUCCUGCUCACCAAAUCGACGCUCUCGCCCUUUUUCCACGCCAAGCUGGCCCACCUCGCCACGGCGGACCAGGAGCGCAUCCUCAAGAUGGCCACCUACUCGAUCGCAUUUGGCAGCAACGUCGGCGCCCUCGCCGGCACGUUUUCCAGCUCCCUCGCCGGGUUGCUCUGGCUCUCGGGCCUUCGCCAGGGCGGCAUCACCGUCCGCGCUCGCCAGUUUGCACUGUGGUGCGCCGUCGUCGUCGGACCCGCCACCGUUGCCGGCGUGGCGGUACUGAUCGCAGAGGUGCGCUACUUUCAUCUCUAG